GACCCUGUCCAGCUGCACAGCGGCAGCAGGAGGAGGAGGAGGAGGAGGAAGGAGAGGAGAGCAGACAAAGCCUGGAAGGAGAAGGAGACAUGAGCAGCGGUGCUUGCGUGUUCCUGCGUAUUCCCUUGAGCAUGUGAAGGGCGCCGUCCCCGCAGAGAGAAGGGCCGUCUCCCUCCAUUCAGUGCCAGGGAUGAGCAUCAACAGCGACUAUGGGGAGGAAUGGGGCCGGUCGGAGGCCGGGGAGCGGGCCCGCCUGCUGCAGAGCCCCUGCGUGGAGACGGCCAUGGUGGCCAUGGGGCCGAAGGGGGGCGAGGGUCGGGGCUCGGCCUCCACCUCGGCCUUGGGGGCCGUCUUCAUCGUGGUGAACGCCGCGCUCGGGGCCGGGCUGCUCAACUUCCCCGCCGCCUUCAGCAUGGCCGGCGGAGUCGGGGCCGGGAUCGCCCUCCAGAUGUGCAUGCUGGUCUUCAUCAUUGGGGGGCUGGUCAUCCUGGGCUACUGCUCGCAGGCCAGCAACGAGAGCACCUACCAGGAGGUGGUCUGGGCCGUCUGCGGAAGGGUCCCCGGCGUGCUCUGCGAGGUCGCCAUCGCCGUCUACACCUUCGGCACCUGCAUCGCCUUCCUCAUCAUCAUCGGCGACCAGCAGGACAAGAUCAUUGCGGCCUUGGUGAAGGACCCCCCGGGGACAGAGCGCUGGUACACUGACCGGAAGUUCACCAUCAGCCUGACGGCCUUCCUGCUCAUCCUGCCCCUCUCCCUCCCCAAGGAGAUCGGCUUCCAGAAGUACGCCAGUGCCCUGAGUGUGGUGGGGACCUGGUACGUCACUGCCAUCAUCAUCAUCAGGUACAUUUGGCCUGAUCAAGCCAUCAGCCCAGAAGACAUUCCAACCAGACCUUCCUCCUGGAUGUCCGUGUUCAACGCCAUGCCUACCAUCUGCUUUGGCUUCCAGUGCCACGUCAGCAGCGUCCCUGUCUUCAACAGCAUGAAGCACCCAGAGCUGAAACCUUGGGGAGCAGUCGUGACGGCAGCCAUGGUCAUCGCCCUCUUUGUUUACAUUGGUACAGGGGUCUGUGGCUUCCUGACCUUUGGCUCCCGGGUGGAUCAGGACGUGCUCAUGUCCUACCCGUCCAGUGACGUCCCUGUGGCUAUCGCCAGAGCCUUCAUCAUCCUCUGCGUCCUCACCUCAUACCCCAUCCUCCACUUCUGCGGACGGGCGGUGCUGGAGGGCCUGUGGCUGCGCUUCAAGGGGGAGGCGGUGGAGGAGGACGUGGGGCGGGAGCGGCGCCGGCGCUGGGCCCAGACGGGGACCUGGUUCCUCCUGACGCUCCUCCUGGCCCUCUUCAUCCCGGACAUCGGGAAGGUCAUCUCCCUCAUCGGCGGGCUGGCCGCCUGCUUCAUCUUUGUCUUCCCAGGACUCUGCCUCAUCCACACGAAGCUCUCCGAGAUCCAAGAGGCCCGUCCGGCCAGUUGGUGGGUGAUGGUUUGCUAUGGCGUCUUCAUGGUUGUCCUGGGAGCCUUUAUCUUUGGGCAGACGACAGCCAAUGCCGUCUCCACAGAUCUCACAAAGUGACCCCCCGGAUGCUGCCCUUCGGAUGUUUGGUGGGAAGAAAGGCAUCCGGACUCGGUUCUUGGGAAGAAGUUGACUCGGGUGUCCCUUCCUUCCAUCUUCCGUUCCAGAUUCUUGACCACUGGACCCGGGGUUUCGCCUCUUUUUAAUGAACUCGUCCUAUUUGAGCUUUAACACAAACUGAAUUCUCCUUUGCCUUUUGGACUAUCACUUAUGGGAGACAAAAAGGGACUCUGUAUUUCUUUUAAUAUUUGGUCUUGUGUGCACUUGUGUUAAUGGGACGCAGGCCGUUCACAACACAACUUGCACUCGCUCUCUCUCUAUAUAUAUAUGUAGACGACUGGUUAAUUCCACCCUUACCAGGAAUGUCACAAAACGCAUGGGUCUCCUGGCUAAAGAGACAACAAAACAGUCCCAGGCGAAGCAGGCCUGUAGCCCGCUUGUUGUGUCCCGGUGAGGCUCUCACACUGGUCCCAGUUUGAAAAAUGGCACCCACAUUCCAUGUUUACAAGCCUUUGGGUGACAGUCGCAGUAUUCCUUUGCUGGGGAGAGGCUUCUUUUUAGGCAACAGCUCUUUGAGUUCUGACUUUGUGGAGCUCAAAUACGGCUCAAUUGACUGAGCCAACUGAAUUCAACCAGAACGGAUACUUGAUGGCUUUGAUGUAAACACUGUUCACACUACACCACUGUAGCACAUUGCUUCUCCUUUAUCAUACGGGCAACCUCAGGCUCGUAAUGGAGUGCGGCACUAGAGUUUCCUCCUGAAAACUGCAAAUCCCAAGGAUGCAGUUGCAGCAAUUGAAAUGGGAUGCUAUAAUUCCCAUUUGUGGGGUGGAAGGAGGGCUCGUUUGUGCAUGCAUUUCUUGCAGAGCGCCAUGCAGGUUGCAACUUUACUUGAAUGUUUGCAACACAGCAGCUUCAAAGCCCUCGUUGCCCUUUCCUUUGGGAAAAUGCGCUAGAAACACUCAUUUUGGCAAGGUCAGUCAAUUCAUUUUUUAAGUGCAAAAAUAAUGGCGGAGGGUUGUUUCUUUUUUUCAAGGUGCUAACUUUUAUUUUAUUUUUUUCCUGUCUCAAAUGUAAAUGGCUUGGGAUCGGGAGGUUUCAAGGGACAAGGUCACUGUGAAAAAUAACAAUGACUAAGAACAAUAAUAAUAAACACUUGACUUCUUGCUGA